CCCAGCAUCCUUUGCGUUUUGUUGGAUGAAAGACGUCACCAAGAGAGAGAAAAUGUCUCCCAACAAAAGUGGAUUGGACUAAUUCGGGGGCAUUUUACAGGUUAACAGAUACUUCGAGGUUGUAUAUUUUGAUCUGAAAUUCGGAAGAAACAAUGGCUGGUUCGUGUGAAGGUCCAAAAAAGGCUGAAUUCAUAGUUGGCGGAAAGUACAAAUUAGUACGAAAAAUAGGCAGUGGUUCAUUUGGGGAUAUCUACUUGGGGAUUAAUACUCUAAAUGGAGAGGAAGUGGCAGUUAAAUUAGAGUCCACGAAAGCCAGGCAUCCCCAGCUUUUGUAUGAAAGCAAACUGUACAAAAUACUUCAAGGUGGAGUUGGAAUCCCACACAUAAGAUUUUAUGGACAAGAGAAAGACUACAACUGUCUAGUGAUGGACUUGUUAGGUCCAAGCUUGGAAGACUUAUUCAAUUUCUGCUCCAGGCGCUUCACUAUGAAAACAGUGCUGAUGCUUGCUGAUCAGAUGAUAGGCCGGAUAGAGUAUGUACAUAUAAAAACUUUUAUUCACAGAGACAUCAAGCCAGAUAACUUUCUUAUGGGUAUUGGACGGCAUUGUAACAAGGUGUUUAUAAUUGAUUUUGGACUGGCCAAGAAAUACAGGGAUAACCGUACACGCAAUCAUAUUGCAUACAGGGAAGACAAAAAUCUAACAGGAACGGCACGAUAUGCGAGUAUCAAUGCUCACUUAGGUAUUGAGCAGAGUCGAAGAGAUGAUAUGGAGUCACUUGGCUAUGUUCUCAUGUAUUUUAACAGGACUAAUUUGCCUUGGCAGGGAUUAAAGGCUGCAACUAAAAAACAGAAGUAUGAAAAAAUCAGCGAAAAGAAAAUGUCCACACCAGUUGAAAAUCUCUGCAAGGGAUAUCCUGCAGAAUUUGCUAUGUACUUGAACUACUGCAGAGGCCUUCGGUUUGAGGAAGCUCCAGACUACAUGUACCUGCGUCAGUUGUUCCGCAUUCUCUUCAGAACACUGAACCAUCAGUAUGAUUACACUUUUGACUGGACCAUGCUAAAACAGAAGGCAUCAUCCCAAAAUGCAAGUUCUGGUGCUAUGGCAACACCAGGAAAGAAGAUAUGAUUUUUUGAGUGGGUGUAAGGAGAGUCAUUGAAAGAAGAAUAGCAAGAUAUCUUACUGGGAAGUCCAGAGAUCUGGAAUGCAGUACAAAUACUUAACUUUUGUCAUUUGUUUCAAGCACUGCACUGUAAAUUAUGCCUGUCAAAUAGGGCUUGCAGUAUCUCAGUACCAGCUUCAAGAACACUUAUGUAGAUGAGUCAGGGUGUCAUUGUGCUCUGCAGAUCUACUAGUACUCGUUGAACAAUGUAACAUGUACUUGAAGGACAUUUUUUUUUCUUUUGUGGAAAAUGAGACCUUGUAACAUUUGUUGCAUAUAUUACAUUGAAGACCAAGGUUUUUCUAUUUAUCAUUUCAUAUUUUCACAAAAGUAUACAUUCAUUGUACUCUGUAUAUUUCAUAAUGCAUGGGAUGGGGUUCUUUUUUAAAAAAUAAUUGUAGUAUCAGAUGUGGGAAGUAUUCUGUGGUAAACAAGAUGUAUUAGAGAGAAAAACUACAGGAGACACUUGGCUUGGCUACUUGGCAUGGAUGGGGAAUGGAUUAGAUGAUGCAGGUAGUUUUCAGAAAUAUCUAUUGGUCCCUUUUACAUCAACAAAUAAGUUUUAUUACAAUGGACAAGAAUGCCUUGGAAAAACACAUAAGAAAGACCUGGGUGCAAAAGAUACUGUAAAAAAUCGACACUUCAGACACAGACAUGAGUAACAGUAGUAACAUUAAUCAUUUAAGCUUUCAAAAAGGGUUACGUAGUCCAUUGCAAACCUGUUAUUUAAAUAUGUAUGUUGUAUGAUAUUUUAAUAGUGUGUGAUAUCAUUCUUGUUGAUUUUAUUCAUGUACAAGAGGCACUUUCGUGUCAAUAAAUGUUUAGAAAAGACACAUUUUAAAGUAAGUUGCAGGUGUCUUGCAGAUGUGGCAUUAAAGAAAGCAAGAAAAGGGCCUGUAAAAA